AUGCCUCAUCUCCUAGCACUCAUGGAUGAUAGUCAUGGGAGAGCUUUACAUGAACAUGACCAGUUGGAAAGUUGGAGUCUGUCAAGAGCAUUCAAGAUUAUUGAUGUGCUUGGGGACUCUGGGCUGUCCUUCUUUGUUCUGGCCACAGUUAAGAGAAUGCAAGCAUAUGCUAGUGAGGAAAAGAAUUAUGCAGCUUGUCAAGUCCUCACCAAUCUUGCAGACACCUUCUGGCACCCUGAAACUAAUAAGAGCUUUUCAAACAUGGUGGAAAGCCAGUUCAACAACCCCACUGUCUGCUAUGCCAUUCUCAUCAACUUCAAUUGUAAUGGCACAUUCCUCUCCCCUUGA